CAUCGCGACACACGGGUGGAUCAAUGGGAUAUGCUGAGCGUCGUGCCCGAAUGAAAAGGAAAAUGAACGAGGAACCCAAUUUUAAACAAAUAUUUCUGGAAACCCACCUCACUAAAGAAUGCAAACAAAAAUUAUGGGACGGGGAGAUUGACAUAUAUAACUUGAAGGAAUUGAAGUUUUGUACGAAACGAGCCGAAAAAGUAUAUGGGGAUUAUUUGAGUGCGAUGGAAAAUGUUUACAGGCCGAACUUCAGUGAGUAUCCAGAUGACCCUGCGGUGUGGGCACGUGUGAUUGGAGAAGGUCGCACGCGUCGUGUAUACGGGAUAGGAUCUUCGGAUCUAAAUUACUUGGUGACCGGGACAUCUUCUUUUGCUGGGUCUGCACCAUCGCAAGCAGAGUACCAACGGUCUCAAGAAGAGGCUCAAGUUAUGCGAACCCGAAUGGUUGAUUUUGAAGCUAGGGUUGAAGCUAGGGUUGAAGAAGAAAGGAAUCUAAUUGUAUCUCGUCUUGAAGAAGAAAGGAAUAUACUUGCAACUCGUCUUGAUGACGAAAGGAAAGCAAGGGAAGAACUUCAAAAACAACUUCAAGAGUUUAUGAAGAACUGGCGUCCUCCCUCUAAUUAG